AUGCAGAUAACUUGUCUUGAUUGUUUUUCUCAAAAGAGAAAUCAAAUGAGCAACCAAGGAGCAAUUAAGAGAUCUGGAGGAGAUGGGCUAAGCAGCUUCCCUGAUCAUUUGCUAAGUCAUAUGCUCUCUUAUCUUCCUACAAAGACUGCUGUUACAACUAGCACUUUGUCCCCAACAUGGAUAAAUCUCUGGCAUUCAACCCCUGUCUUGGAUAUAGAAAUUGAUGAUUUCGAUGAUUUCGAUGAUUUGCUCAGUUUCACCUCUCGGUUUCUAGAAUUCCAUAAGGACUCAAGCUUACACAAGCUCAAGUUUUCUUUUGAGACAGAAUUACGUGUUAGUAUGUGUAGAAUCACGGCGUGGCUCACAGAUGUAGUUAAGCGUAAAAUCCAACAUCUUGAGGUCAUGUCUGGUAUGGAUCAUAAGGUUGAUAUGGCGCCUAUGCCUAUAGUCCUUUACUUAUGUGAGACUUUGGUUUCACUGAGACUUCAUUGCGUGGUACUGAGCUAUUUCCAGUAUGUGUCUUUGCCUAAUCUCAAGAUGAUGCAUCUCGAAGAGAAUAUAUACAUGUGUGAAGAAACUCUGGAGAACUUAAUCUCAGCAUGCCCGGUUCUUGAAGAUUUAACCUUAGUUAGGAAAAGAGAUUAUAACGAUGUUGAAGUUUUGCGGGUGCGCUCUCAGUCACUAAAAAGAUUCAAACUCGUUGUUGAUAGACUGGAUUAUAUCGAAGGCGAUGUUUGGAAGGUUAUCAUUGAUGCUCCUAGACUCGCAUAUCUGAGGCUUGCAGAUCCUUUUUCAGUGAGUUUUGUGAUUAGCAAUUUGGGUUCAUCGGCAGAGGUGGAUAUUGAUGUCGGUUUCAAUGUGAAUAUUUGGAAGCUAGAUGACUCAUUCGAGAGAAGCGCUGUCCGUAAAUUACUCACCGGGCUCUCAAGCGUAAAGGACAUGGCCAUAAGUGGAACAACUUUGAAGAUCAUCAGUCACUACCUGAAGCACGAACGGAUGCCUCAGUUUCAAAACAUGACGUGGAUACAAGCGGAAUUCUAUAUUUCUGAUUUGGGAAUGCUGCCAGGCGUUCUUGAGUGCUGUCCAAACCUUAUAUACCUUGACGUGCAUAUACAGAAAUUGUAUGAUGAAGAAAAUGAGGAAAUCAUUUUCUCAUCAGUGCCAAGGUGUUUGCAAACAAGCCUUGAGGCAGUUGAGAUUGUAAGAUACAAACAUGGAGAUGGAGCAGAGAGGAGACUAACAAAAUACUUGCUCGAGAAUUCGCUAGUCCUCAAGAAGUUUGCACUGUAUUUCGAUUGUCCUAACGUGGAACAAGAAGAUAUCAUCUAUACGGAACUCGAGACGUUCGAGGCUCGUUCUCUUGCCUGUGAAAUCGAAUUCAGAGUACUCGAAAAGGUUUGAGUUGUUGGAAAUGUUGUGAAACUUCUUUUACUUCUGCUUGCUUUAAACUUGGGAAUCUUUGGCUCUGGUUUGGUUUUGUAAUUCGGAUCUGUUUGAUUGCACUACAAUUUGGAUUUAAACUUAUGUGGUUGCUUGAAAUGUCAUUUGAUUUGGCUUUGCUUU